AUGCUGGACAUCGUGGAUGCGGCGUCGAUGUUAUGGCGAUUAGAACUUGAAGGUGUUGCAGUUGGAAAUAGGUGGCGUGAUUUUCCGGACCUUUCGACUCAUCUUGAUGACCAUGCACUGUUUUUCAACGAUAUCCAUAUGAGUAUGGUACUGCGAGAAGCUGGUGGUGAUUAUGGAAAACAAGAGGAACGACUACAUCAGACUCUGCUGCAAUUCGCACAGAACAUUCAAAGCGAUGAGUAUGAUCAAGCCAAAUGUUGCCGAGAUGUGGGCAUAGCCCUCUACGAUGCUAUAGCUCAUUACAGUAAGAAGGAAUAUGAUGCUUGUGCUAAAAGGAUGUUGCCGAUACGUGACAAGAUAUAUACUAUCGGCGGGAGCAAUGCUCAGCGUGAUAUGUUCACCCAGACAUUGAUCCAUGCUUGUAUGAAGGCAAAAAACGAGGAGAUCAGUGGUUUGACCGAGAAGAUCCUCAACGAAAGGAAUGCCAUGAAAAAGAUGUCGAAAAUCAGUGAACGACUUGCCUAUCGAUACAGAGAGCUUCAUCCAAUGUAG